CGUCCCCCCGUCUCUCCAGCAUGAGCUGUGCCCCCGCCGGCGCCUCCGCCUGACCCCCGCCGUGCCCGCCGUGCCCGUGUCACCAUGCUCAUCAAGGAGUACCGCAUCUGCAUGCCGCUCACCACCGAGGAGUACCGUGUGGGGCAGCUCUACACCAUCAGCAAGCACAGCCACCAGGAGAGCGAGAAGGGCGAGGGCGUGGAGGUGGUGAAGAACGAGCCCCACGAGGACCCCGUCCACGGCCCCGGCCAGUUCACUGAGAAGCGUGUCCACCUCUCCAGCAAACUGCCGAGCUGGGCACGGGCAGUGACCCCCCGAAUCUUCUACAUCACUGAGAAGGCCUGGAACUACUACCCCUACACCAUCACCGAGUACACGUGCUCCUUCCUGCCCAAAUUCUCCAUCUACAUCGAGACCAAGUACGAGGACAACUGCGGGGACAGUGAGAACAUCUUCCACAGUGACAAAAUCCUGGGCGACCACGAGGUCUCUUUCCUGGACAUUGCCUUCGACGAGAUCCCUGAGCGCUACUACCGCAGCCUGGAGGACCCCCGAUUCUUCAGCUCAGCCAAGACGGGCCGGGGGCCGCUGCGGGAGGGCUGGCGCCAGCACACCAAGCCCAUCAUGUGCUCCUACAAACUGGUGAGCGUCAAGUUCGAGGUGUGGGGGCUGCAGACGCGGGUGGAGCAGUUUGUGCACAAGGUGAUCCGGGACAUCCUGCUGAUCGGGCACCGGCAGGCGUUCGCCUGGGUGGACGAGUGGUGCGGGAUGACGAUGGAGGACGUGCGGCGCUACGAGCAGGAGACACAGGAGGCCACCAACGAGCUCAUCGGCCUGGUGGCACCUGCCAUCUCGGUCAGCGAGGUGGGGCAGCCGACAGCCACGCACUCGGCCCCUGCCAGCGCCCCCUCCACCCCCCUCAGCGACGAGGCCCCCGAGUUCCUCGCUCCCCCCAAGACUCGCCCGCGGAAGAAGUCGGCGCCAGAGACCCUGACACUGCCUGCGCUGCGGGAGCGCACUGGCGCCGAGUGAUGCUGGCAGUGCCACACCGGGCUGGACUGGGCCAGCUCCGCCGCCCACCACGGCCCCUCCGACAGGCACCGACCCCAGGGAGGGACCCGCCGUCGGGGCGCUGGGAGCCCCGGGGGGGUGCUGGCCUCCCUGAGCCACUGCGGGUGCCCAGGCAGGUCAGUGCCACCGCUGCCGUGCCACACCCGCUGGCUGCACCAGGAGAGGACACCAGGCCCGUGUGGGUCCCUGGCAGUGUCAGGCAGUGCUGCAGGAGCUGGUUCCUU